CCCGGCUGCAGCCUGCGCGCCUGCCCAGCCAUGUGGGCCCGGCUGGUCCUCCUGCUGCUGCCCUGCGCCCUGUCCGCCCCCAUUGGCGACAGUGACUCCCAGGAGAACUCCACGGGGUUUCUGGGCCUCCAGAGCCUUCUCCAAGGCUUCAGCCGACUUUUCCUGAAACAUGACCUGCUGCGCGGGCUGGACAGCUUCUUCUCCUCGCCCGUGGACUUGCGGAACCUCCCCAAGAACUACCACCAAGAGGAGAGCCGGGAGCACCGGCUGGGCAACAGCACCCUCUCCAGCCACCUCCAGAUCGACAAGGUGACGGACAACAAUACGGGAAACGUGCUGAUCUCCGAGAAGAUGGAGUCCUCCAUCGAGCCGGACGGUGGCCUGGAUGGCGACUGGAAGGUUCCUAAGGUGGAGGAGAAGGAGGCCGUGGCGCCCACCCCGCAGGCGGUGGACAGCUUCCGCGUGGAGCCCCGGCCGUGGCGGCUGACCAUGUGGAUCAUGAAGCUGCCGCGACGCAGGUCCCACCAGGACGUCCAGGAGGGCGGCCCCUGGCUCAGCGAGAAGCGGCACCGCCUGCAGGCCAUCAGGGACGGGCUCCGGGAAGAGGCCCGGGAGGAAGCCACGGACGAGGGCACCCAGGGCAUCCCCCGCCCCAGGGUGCAGACCCGGAAGACCCACUUCUUUUAUAUCCUCAGGCCCUCCCAGCAGCUGUAGGGGUGGAGCUCUUGCCC